AGUGGGCAGUGGAUUCACUGGAUCCCAGUCUGGUUCAUCAGGUGCCACUGGCUUCCAAUCUGGAUCUGGCAGUGGAUUCGGUUUUCAUCAGGAUUUGGCGGAUUCCAGUCUGGUUCAAGUGGUGCUGGAUUUGGGGCAGCAGGUGGCAGUGGACUUCAGUUUGGUUCUGAAUCAGAUGAUGUAUUUGGUAUCUUUGAGCCUCUGAAUCUUCCUGCAGAAGCCACUCGCUUGCUUGGAAAAAUCUCAACAUCAUUUGCCUGCCUUGAUCGGCCUUAUGGAUAUUAUGCUGAUGAAGAAAACUCCUGUCACAUCUUCCACAUCUGUUACCCUGCUCUCUUUGCUAAUGGUGUUAUCGAGACCUCCCAGUACAGCUUCCUGUGUGGUGAGGGUUCUCGAUUCGACCAAAAGGAGCUUACUUGCGUGGCAGAAUCAGAAGCAAUUCCUUGCCAGGAAUCUUCCAACUUCUUUUUCAAGAACGAACAGUUUGGUCUUCCAAAGGAAAAGAUUUAAGCCAUUUCAGCCCACUUUGAGGACUUGAUGUAUCGCCCAAUGAACAACUCAUGCGAACAUUUUGGAUAAAUAAAAUGAACAAAAAAAUG